CGUCACAUUAGAACUCUGGCGAGCGGGGUUGAUAUGAGCGUCCUUACUUGCGUCCGCCGUUCCGGAAAAACGUUACAUAGGAAGUCAUCCCAUUCCUGAAAGUGUCGGCCGUCCGUUAGUCGGUGCUCGUAUGCGGCUUCUCGAGAGGGGUAUAUUUCCGCUUUUCACGCCCCGUUCCCAAACUGCCAGAGAAUGGAACCGGCCAAUGAGGCCAAGGUUGACCCAACGUCAAAGGCCGCACCCGCUGCCGUAGAUAUGAACGACGUAACCUCGCCAAGAAGUUCCGCUCGCCAUGGGAAGAGUUAUCAAGUUCGGGCUUUGGGACGAAAGACACUGGCAUACCAGAAACGGCAGCUUUUCACCAACAUCUGUUGCGUUGCAUGCUGUCCACUGUUGAUGGUGGUGCUUUCGGCAGCGCUGGGAAAGGUUAUCCAAAAUCUCGUCGACAAGUCUACAGCGCCGAGAGAUAUUAUUUACUGUUCCUCCGUCGUUGCGCUCGAUGACUCGAACUUCCCACUCCAGAACGUGUCGGACCCGCUGCUACCGUCGACUCCGCCAAUGAUCAAUGGCAACAAAAUCCUUGGCACCUCAGAGGAUCUGGUCUAUCAUGCGAACUUCCUGGUCGGUCCAACCCAGAAUGGCCCACCCAGUGCAGGUAGCUUGGUCGGAAAUGCUCCAUGCGUCAGAUACUUUGGGACCGGGUACAGCUAUCGCACUGGGGAUCCUUACGCCACUGACCCGCAAGUGGCCGCCAGCGCGAACUACGCUACAUACGAUAGUACUUACUCCCCGGAGCCGCGGGGUGGAUGGCUUUCGCCGACCGUUGCUACGAAGCUGGCCCGGUAUCUGUUUCAAUAUGAACUUCGUCCAUGGGCCUUCGUCAGUCAGAGCAGCAGCGUUACGAAUGCGGGCUCGCGUGAGCAAGGGCCGCUCAUCCCAAUCACACCCGCUUUGUCCACCUUCACCCCUCUGAAACCCGCUACAGCAGCGAAUGGACUGCUGGAUACGAUUGAAAGCAGGCUUUACGUGAAUGCCACAACGACGGGAGGCAAUCUGAAUCUUGCCGGAGUCGAAAGCGUCCCGUUCUUCCAAAACGUUGGAAGCGAUAUCAAUCUCGCACUUGGAACGGCGAUUCGAAACGCCGUGGACAGGUUAUCUACGAUAGAUAAGAGCAUCUUUUUCGAAUCCGACCCAGAUCCAGACACCGUUUCGAAGUUCCUGGUAGAUGUGUCUGGCGUGACCAACUCGGUUCCAUACGGAGCUCUUCACCUCGAUACUAUCGAUCAUGCGGCGAAGAAGUACAAGUAUACGAUGCAGAUUGGCAAAGACAAACGAUUUGAGGCCGCUGCAGGAUAUCCUACCGCAGGUCUUCGCCAGGUUUUGCAGCAGGCACAGCUCAACGGCGCCAUCCUCCGGACAAGUAACCCCGGAACGUACGGAGCUGCCGCGAUCACCGCAAGUACCCGCGCUUUCCCGAUCGUCCAAAGCACGCGCCUCGACAUUCCCUUCUCAUCUUUCAUCGGGCGUAUCCUCUUUCCGUUCGGUGUCUCGUUCCUCACCCCAUUCUUUGUUGUGACUUUGGUGAAGGAGAAGGAGGACAGGAUCAUGGGGAUGAUGAGAAUGAACGGGCUGAAAGUGUGGACAUAUUGGCUGGCCCAUUACAUCCAUUUUUACUCCCUCCAUAUCCUAUCCGCUGCGGUUUUCCUGAUUGUCGGAGCCGCCGUCAAAAUGUCUAUGUUCACGAAGACUUCACCUGGCGUGCUGAUUUUAGUCCUGUUCAUAUGGGGCCAUGCUCAAGUUGCCCUGUCCUUCUUGCUCGGUGCUCUUUUCGGAACAUCGCGCACCGGGUUGGUCGUGACUUUCCUCAUCAUCCUGUGCAGUGUCCUAGUCUCUCUCGCUGGCGACAGUCUUUUCGUCGACCAAGCAGCACCGUCAGGCUACUUUGUCUGGCCACCAUUCGCUUUCUAUCGGAUCCUCACGGUCCUCAACCGCACAUCCUUCCAAAAGACGGAACGUCCUUACACGAUCAGUCGCAUCCGUCCAGGGGAUGAGGUGUUUACAGCCAUCAUGUUCAUGAUCUGGGAAUGGUUCGUGUUGAUGGCACUGGCGAUAUGGCUUGGGAAUGGGGGGUGGAGCAAGCUUGUGUUUGCGACCAAGCAUCGGUUAGCGAAUAGGAGGAAACAAAACGAUCUUGGCAAACAGGUAACAGACGAAGAGGCCCAACAACCGCCAGAAAACUACACAUCUCAUGAAGACGCAGACGUCACCGCCGAACGAGCGCGCGUGACCGCUCUAGCCGAGCAUAACAGCAAUCCGCUCAUCCUCAAAGACUUGCAAAAGACCUACGCGACCACGGGCAAGAAGGCGUUGAAAACACUCACCCUAGCUGUGGAGUCUGAUCUUGUGUUUGGUCUGUUGGGACCAAACGGGGCUGGAAAGUCUACGACGAUCAGCAUCCUGACUGGACUGUAUGAUGCGACGGGAGGCAAGGCGUAUAUCGCGGGCUAUGACAUUUACUCGGAGCAGGAAGACGUGUGGAGGGUCGUGGGUAUUUGCCCACAGCAUGACAUCCUCUGGGAUGAUCUCACUUGUGAAGAGCACUUGCUCUUCUACGCACGGCUGAAGGGCAUAUCACCAUCAGAAGAAAAGAAGGUGGUGGAAGAGAGUCUAAGAACCGUCGCGCUGCAUGGCGCGUUCAAGAAUAGGCUAUCGAAAGGACUGAGUGGCGGGGAGAAGCGGCGUCUCUCCAUCGCGAUUGCUUUGGUUGGGCAUCCCAAAGUGGUCUUCUUAGAUGAACCUACGACGGGGCUUGACCCGGAAGUCCGUCGUCUCAUCUGGGACAUCAUCCAGCAGGCCAGGAUAGGCAAGACGAUCAUCUUGACAACGCACUCCAUGGAAGAAGCCGAAGUACUUUGCCAACGCAUCGGCAUCAUGUCUCAAGGCACGUUGCGCUGUCUCGGCUCCCCGCUCCGCCUCAAACAACUCUACGCAAACUCCUUCCGUCUCUCUUUCUCCUCCACGUCUGAAGACACCAUGCCCGCAGCCACACAAUUUGUGGAAUCACAAGUGCUGCCGUCCGGCGGUGAAUGGCAGCGAGACGAGAGUUUUGCCUCACAGGCGACGUAUUCAUUCCCUAAGGAUGAUGACCGGUUACCUGUGUCCAAGGUGUUUGAGAUUAUGCAGGAACAUGCUGAACUUCAUGGCAUUUCGGAAUACGGAAUCGGAGAAACUACGUUGGAAGAGGUGUUUGUGAGGAUCAUUGGAGCGGACGGCGAGGAGGCUUCCGCAGAGUGAGCGACAUUAUUGGAACAUGGUGGGACUCAUAUUACUCUUUUCACUGCAAUCCACCUGACAUGGCUUUAUGUAACUGUACGCGGACCAUGGACUGUCGCACUUUUCUGUAUAAUACACACUGGACAUUCUCCUUCUGCGAAGGAUGAAAUCAUCCGGCGGCCCCGUUCCACAUGUCGAAGGCGUGAUAGCUCCGGAUGCAACACUCCAUAUUCUGUCCCCAAUCCAUCUUCUAUUCGAAGCCAGUCCUUCCAUAUGAUGCUUCGCCCGCAAUG